GCGCUGCCGUACAGCGUGAGGAGGCGCGGCCCAAGAUGGCGGCGCCCUGAGCGGCUCCGGCCGAGCCAUGGCGGCACCGGGAGAGGCACCGGGAGAGGCACCGGGAGAGGCGCUCCGGGCCGUGCUGCGGCCCAGCGGGGCCCUCCCGGCCGAGGCUCUCCCGGUGCGCGGCUACGACUUCUCGGGAGGCGCGGACCACGCGGCGCUGCUCCGCUCCUUCCGCACCACCGGCUUCCAGGCCACGAGCUUCGCGCAGGCGGUGGCGGAGAUCGAGCGGAUGAUCGCGGCCAAGCUGGAGCCGCUGAGCGCGGAGCAGCGGGAGAGAGCGGCCAUGGCCGGGCCGCGGCCGCCCUCGGGCUGCACCAUCUUCCUCGGCUUCACCUCGAACCUCGUCAGCUCCGGCGUCAGGGAGAGCAUCCGAUACCUGGUGCAGCAUGGCAUGGUGGACGUGCUGGUGACCACGGCCGGGGGGGUGGAGGAGGACCUGAUCAAGUGCCUGGCGCCCACCUACAUCGGGGACUUCCAGCUGCGGGGCCGGGACCUGCGGCACAACGGCAUCAACAGGAUCGGGAACCUGCUGGUGCCCAACGAUAACUACUGCAAGUUCGAGGACUGGCUGAUGCCCAUCCUGGAGAGGAUGGUGGACGAGCAGGACACGCAGGGCGUGCGGUGGACGCCGUCCCGGAUGAUCGCCCGGCUGGGCAAGGAGAUCAACAACCCCGAGUCCAUCUGUUACUGGGCCCAGAAGAACAACAUCCCGGUGCUGAGCCCGGCGCUCACCGACGGCUCCUUGGGCGACAUGAUCUUCUUCCACUCCUACAAACGCCCGGGGCUCGUGCUGGACAUCGUGGAGGACCUGCGCCUCAUCAACACCCAGGCCAUCUUCGCCCGCAAAACCGGCAUGAUCAUCCUGGGCGGGGGUUUGGUCAAGCACCACAUCGCCAACGCCAACCUCAUGAGGAACGGCGCCGAUUUCUCCGUCUACGUCAACACGGCGCAAGAGUUCGACGGCUCCGACUCGGGCGCGCGGCCGGACGAGGCCGUGUCCUGGGGCAAGAUCCGCGUGGACGCCACGCCCGUCAAGGUCUACGCCGACGCCUCGCUCGUCUUCCCGUUGCUCGUGGCCGAGACGUUCGCACGGAGCGCCGACGCAUUCGGGGUGCCGGCGGGGACCCCCGAGGCGUGAGGGACCCCCAAAGCCUGGAGACCCUCAAGAACUGAGGGACCCCUGAGGCCUGGGGGCACCCAAGAUGUGAGAGACCCCCAAAGCCUGAGGGACCCCCAAAGCCUGAGGGACCCCCGAGGCCUGAGGGACCCCAAAGCCUGGAGACCCUCAAGAACCUCAAGAACUGAGGGACCCCUGAGGCCUGGGGGCACCCAAGAUGUGAGAGACCCCCAAAGCCUGAGGGACCCCCAAAGCCUGAGGGACCCCCAAGAACUGAGGGACCCCCGAGGCGUGAGGGACCCCCAAAGCCUGAGGGACCCCCAAGAACUGAGGGACCCCCGAGAACUGAGGGACCCCCGAAGCGUGAGGGACCCCCAAAGCUUGGAGACCCUCAAGAACCUCAAGAACUGAGGGACCCCUGAGGCCUGGGGACCCCCGAGGCCUGAGAGACACCCAAAGCCUGAGGGACCCCCAAGGCCUGUGGGACCCCCAAAACUUGAGGGACCCCCAAGGCCUGAGGGACCCCUGAGGCCUGAGGGACCCCUGAGGCCUGAGAGACCCCCAAGGCUUGAUGGACCCCCAAGGCCUGAGAGACCCCCGAGGCCUGAGGGACCCCUGAGGCCUGAGGGACCCUCAAAGGCCUGAGAGACUCCCAAGGCCUGAGAGACCCCCGAGGCCUGAGGGACCCCCGAGGAAUGACGGACCCCAAAGGCCUGAGAGACUUCCAAGGCCUGGGGACCCUCAAAGGCCUGAGAGACCCCCAAGGCCUGUGGGACCCUCAAAGGCCUGAGGGACUCCCAAGGCCUGAGGGACCCCCAAAGCCUGAGGGACCCCAAAGCCUGAGGGACCCCAAAGCCUGGAGACCCCCAAAGCCUGGAGACCCCCAAAGCCUGAGGGACCCCCAAAGCCUGAGGGACCCCUGAGGCCUGAGGGACCCCCAAGACCUGAGGGACCCCCAAGACCUGAGGGACUCCCAAGGCCUGAGGGACCCCCAAGACCUGAGAGACCCCCCAAGGCCUGUGGGACCCUCAAAGGCCUGAGAGACUCACAAGGCCUGAGGGACCCCAAAGCCUGAGGGACCCCAAAGCCUGAGGGACCCCCAAGACCUGAGGGACCCCCAAGACCUGAGGGACCCCCAAGACCUGAGGGACCCCAAAGGCCUGAGAGACUCCCAAGGCCUGUGGGACCCCCAAGGCCUGAGGGACCCCCAAGACCUGAGGGACCCCAAAGGCCUGAGAGACUCCCAAGACCUGAGGGACCCCCAAGACCUGAGGGACCCCCAAGACCUGAGGGACCCCAAAGGCCUGAGAGACUCCCAAGGCCUGUGGGACCCCCAAGGCCUGUGGGACCCCCAAGGCCUGAGGGACCCCAAAGGCCUGAGAGACCCCUGAGGCCUGGGGACCCCCAAAACUUGAGGGACCCCCAAGGCCUGAGAGACUCCAAAGGCCUGUGGGACCCCCAAGGCCUGAGAGACCCCAAAGGCCUGAGGGACCCCAAAGCCUGAGGGACCCCCAAGGCCUAAGAGACCCCCAAAGCAUGAGACCCCCUUUUCAUGACCCCCUCCCCGCAGCGCUUGUGAUUAUUUAUUGGAGCUGCCAAUAAAGCAGAGCAGGGUUUAUUUA